AUGGAGGAGAGUCACUUAAUUAGCGACGACCUGCCGCUACCACCUGCCCGACUAUUUGAACGAUUAGGCCACUUGCCUGGCUAUACUUGGGAUCAGUCCGUCGAGCCCUUCCACUCCACCUACAAUCAUUGGCAUAUAUCAGGAUUUCGCCAUGCCAUCGAUUCAGACCUCUCCACCCCGAUCGCGACCUCCUCCGGCCCUGCCUCCUCCGGUCCUUCCAGCCUGACUCGAUUUUCCCCCCGCACCGACACUCGCCCUUCCGCGCGAGGCUCCAAUCGGAGGUUUAGUGUGAGUGAGACGAGCAGUGAGCUAUCGCUCUCACGAGGAGGCGACCAUGAACCGGUCUGGAUACCGGUCGUGGCCCGCGUUUCGACAAACUUCAUCCGCCUUGAACGAGAGUUUCAUAUGCUUAGGUCGAUUGUGCAAUCAUCAGAUCCAGACUGCAAUCACACCGUGCGACCGAUCGACUUAAUACGACUUCCUGCCGACCCCGUAAAUGGAGGGUCCCUCUUGGUGGCUAUCUUCGAAUCACCCGGCCACGAUAGAUUGCGCGAUUUGGUCACAUUUGGCCCUGCAUCCUUUGUCGCGGGGACUAAAGGCGAUCAUAAUGUAACACCCAACGAGCAAGUCGACCUGUCAGCAUUUUUUGAUUUUGCAAUUGGAGCGUGCGACUGCCUGGAAAUUUUGCAUUAUGGCAUGAAGACCGUUCAUGGAGAGAUUCGUGGUGAUGCAUUCCACUUUAGCAGCGAAAUGGGAUCCGUCAAACUCUCCAACAUGGGCAACGGCGCCCGCUCCUUUGAUAACGUGCUGAGUGAAGGCUGGUCCUCUGUUUCCCGGGAGCUUGGAGCCAAGUACAAGUUGCAAUUUAUCGCCCCGGAGCAAACCGGCAGGAUGCCUACAGAGCCAGAUAGUCGCACGGAUAUCUACGCGCUUGGUCUCUUCUUCUGGUCCAUGCUCGUCGGGAAAUUGCCCUUUGAAGGCAGUGAUCCCGUUGAAGUAGUCCAGAAUGUGCUGACCAAGAAGUUGACACCAGUGUCCGCCAAACGGAUGGAUAUCCCCGACGCUCUCUCAGCCGUCGUCCAAAAAAUGACGCAGAAAGUCGUGCACGACCGUUACCAUACAAUUUCUUCCGUCAAGCGGGACUUGGCAGAAGUAGCUAAAUUGCUGGGUGAUGGAGAAAGCGAAGCCUUGAAUGAUUUCAAGAUCGCCCAGCGAGACGUGUCAUCCUUUUUCACGCUGCCUUCCCGAAUGAUUGGCCGAAAGAAAGAAUAUGACACCAUCAUUGGUGUGGUCGAGAAGGUCAAAAAGCGCCAGGCGGCUGCAUCUGCUAAGGCAUAUGUGCAAAGUCCGGCAACAGCCCACGCAAUCGCCUCCAAUUCUUCGAUAUCGGAAGGGCGCGUGGAAAGUUUCGACCUUGCCUCUGUCUCUAGUGACUCUGGUUCGUUCCAUCUACCUCCCCGAAGCAGCUCGAAUACCACUCAAUACCACAUUGCACAUGUCAACGCCCAAGAGUCCAUAGCGAGCAAUGACACAUCCCCUCCUCCAAGGUUGAGGCAAGCUUCGGCAGGCCCAGAUUCAUUAAGCCAAACACCACCUGUGCCAAUUCCUAGCAACAUGAAAAGCCCUUCCCAUUCUCGAUCUUCACACACCACAGAUAGGGAGAGCCAUCCUUCCAUUGGUACCAAUACCAACAGCCAACCAUCAACCCAGGCCUUUAGCCAAGCUGAUUCGUUGACCUCACUUGCGAAACAGAAAACGGGGGUCAAAUACCGCCGCAAUGGACGCUGUGAGGUGAUUGCAAUUAGCGGAGCUGCUGGCAUAGGCAAGACGGACCUUCUGAAUCGGGUACAGCCCCUCAUCCGUAAGGGUGGGUACAUUGCAAUCACACGUCUGGACAGAGCCAAGCGGGUGCCCUUUGAACCGUUUGCAAAAGUCUUGGCCAGCUUGUUGCGCCAAAUUUUCUCGGAGCAGGAUGUCAAUACCGAUUACCACAAUAGCAUUCGAUCAGCCUUGCGGUCCAUGUGGCCCACACUCCAUAAGGUGCUAGAUCUACCGGAGCAACUAAUGGCACCGGGAGCCAAGUAUAAGCCAUCUCCAAGGGUCUCUGUUGCGCAGCCAAUUGCUAAACAGGAGGCUCGUGAAGACCCUGCCAAGCGGCUUCAUAUUCCAUGGAUGGACCAAGGCCAAACAUCUGCUGACUUUUUCCUGUCGAAUGCUGCUUCAAAUAACAUGCGUUUGAUGGAUAUAUUCAUUGAAAUUCUGAGAACACUGUGUCAGUUUAAGCUUAUCACCGUUUGCUUGGAUGAUCUCGAGUAUGCAGAUGACGAGACCUUGGAAUUGGUGCUGAACAUCAUCAAAACGAAGCUGCCAUGUGUGCUUAUUCUUACAAGCCGCAAGGAUGAGAUCGAGUCUGACCAGAUUCGGUCCUUGUUUGAAACCGACUUGCCCAACGUCACGCGUAUUACCCUUGAGUCAUUACCAGAAGACAAUGUCAUGGAGUUUGUCGCUGCAACAAUGCACCAAGAACCCAAUCCAACCCUCACUCCCCUAGCCGCUGUUGUCCAGGAAAAGAGCCAGGGAAAUCCUUUCUACGUGCGGGUAAUGCUUGAAACAUGCUACAGGAAGAACUGCAUCUGGUAUUCAUGGAAGGACUCAAAGUGGCUGUUCGACCUUGAUCGCAUUUUCACUGAAUUUGUUGCUCCUGUGUAUGGAGAGGGACUUGGACUAGGCUUCCUCACCAAACGUCUCCAAGAGAUCCCGGCAGCUGCCCGAUCAAUCAUGAUUUGGGGAGCUCUGAUAGGAAGUCCAUUUUCCUUCUCGCUCGUUCAAAGGAUUUUGACUAGUGAAUUUGUGACCUCAAUAGAUGAUGAUGACGAAGAGCUGGGUCUCACAAAACCUGGAAAUGUCACUUUGGUCAGGCAAUCAGAGAGUGAUAUCGUGGUUGGGUUGCAGUACCUCGUUCAGGCAAACCUGUUGAACACUGGUAAAACCGACGACGAGUUCAAGUUCGGGAACGAUCGACUCGCGCAAGCUGCCUUUGCAUUGAGUGAGAGCCGCAAUGUGGAGAAGAUGCAUUUCAUCCUUUCGCAGGCGUUGAUGAAAUACUACCACGAUCACCGCAGCCGGUACUCCGUGGCUCACCAUGUUGCACUUGCAUCGCGCAGGAUCAAAUCCCGUGUGAGUCUCAGAAUCGAUUAUCGACGUAUCUUAUGGGAAGCUGGGCAGACGGCUGCUCAAUCUGGCGCUCGGCCAAGUGCUCUUUGGUAUUUCCGGCACUGUAUCGCACUCCUGCAAGACGAUCCUUGGGAUGAUCAGCACGCGGACGUAUAUUAUGACGAGACCAUGCGUCUUUACAUAGCGACGGCAGAAAUGUCCUGGUCCCAGGGCCAGAACGAGGACGCUCUCAAGCUGAUUGAAUCUGUCUUCGCCCACGGCAAGGAUGCGGUCAGUAAAUCAAGGGCUUGGGUCAUCAAAGCCAAGAUCAUGGCUCAAACGGGUGACCAUCACCGUUCAAUGGAGUCGCUGCUAUCAUGUCUCGACGAACUUGGCGUCCACCUCCGCGCCCCCACGACCUUCGAAGAAUGUGACGUUGCUUUCUUUAAACUCAAGAAGUACCUCCAAUCCGUCGACAUCGACGCCAUUGCUCAGAAGCCCAUCAGCAAGGAUCCCAAUCUCAUGACAAUUGGAGCGGUCAUGGCAGAGGCCAUGGCCGUCACCUACUGGGACGAUGCCCUGACGUUUUACCGAAUGGCAAUCGAGAUGAUGCAUAUUCACAUCUCCAGGGGUGGAUUCACACCUAUUUCGAUUGGCUGCUCCCAUCUCUCCAUGAUCACACUGAGCCGUUUCAAGGACCUCGAAUUUGGUACUAAGCUCAGCGAUCUCUCCCUUUCCCUACUUGAACAUUGUCCCGAGCCGUGGACGCAGAGCAGAGGCUCGAUCGUUCACAACCUUUACGUCAGCCACCUUCGUGUUCCUCUGGCAUCAACGUUGCCAGCUCUAGAGGCCUCGCUUGAAGUGUCCUUUACAAUGGGCGACCCGUACAUCACGUUGAUUAGUAUUUCUUCAAUGGCCAUGACUAGGCUUUACCUCGGUCAGGAUAUGGCCCAACUUGAAGCCUUCUGCUUAGAGGCUCCUGAAGAUAUCCCAAACUGGGCCCAAGAUACCCGUGGCGGUGCCAGCAUUAUUGCUGUUCGUCAAGUCGCGCGGGCUCUGCAAGGCAAAACGGAAUUCCGUUCCUCGGACAACGUCAUGUCGGAUGAUGAGCACCGGACAACCUCAUUCAUGAAGUUUUUGGACACCCAUGCUAGCAAUGCUGACAGACCUCGUGACAUCUACUUUGGUCUUUCCAUGAUCCCCCUGUUCCUUUUUGGACACUACAACAAAGCAAUUCAGGUGGGUAAUACGUUGCUUGGUACAUCUUACAGACUCUGGUCUGUGCGUGUGUCCUAUAUCAUUCAUUUUUACCUUGCCGUCUCACUUCUCAGUCUACACAAUGACUAUCCUGCCCAGGGAUAUCUUGAUGGGAAAAUGGAUAUAAUCCUUGGGUAUAAGGCCGAGAUAGACUUUGCUCGAAGUUGCUCAGAAGCGAACUAUGGUAUGUGGGCUUUCCUGCUUGAGGCCCUCAUCGCCGAGGUGCGGAAUGAUCACAAUGAUGCCAUCCAGAAAUUUGAGGCCGCUAUCGAUCAUUGUCAGAUUCAUGGAUGGCCAUUGGAGGAGGCUCUUGCACUUGAGUUGCAAGGCGAAUUUCUUAUCAGACGCGGCGCAAAACGGGCCGCUCGUGCGUUAGUGCAGGAGUCCAUUGCGGCAUGGAGCUCCAUGGGUGCUAACGGCAAAGCGAUCAUGCUUGCCGAGAAGCAUGAAUGGUUACUCAAGACAGCGACCUCUGCUAGGACGGUUGAUGUUGGAUGCCAAACUCUUGACUCAAUUAUGGAGAUUACUCGUGAAGCGGUUGAAGACGAGAUUAUCAUACCAUCUCAAAUGGAGGAGGACGAGAGAAGGCAGCAAUGGAUCGAGCAAAAUGGUGUCAAUUCAGACGAGAAAUCUAUGGAUAUCUCAAGCGUGGGUCUAGAUAUUAUCGAUCUGUCCAGCAUACUGGAGUCCAGCCAGGUCAUGUCUUCUGAGCUUCAGAUCGACAAACUCUUCUUGAAGAUGCUUGAGAUUCUAUUGGAGUCGUGCAACGGUUCCGAUUUUGCAGUCAUUGCGACAAACUUUGAUGAACAAGGAUUUGCCAUUGCGGCGGUAGCAGACUCUGAUAAAGGCCAACGAUCAUACCCCGAGGGCUUACCCUUCUCUGAAACUGAGAGUCGGAUGGCUCAGCAUAUCACGUACUAUGUCAUGCGUACAAAGGAAGAGGUCCUUGUGCACAAUGUCCUCGAGGACGAGCGCUUCUCCAAUGUCGAUGAAUCAUAUCUCGCCAACUACCCCCAGGGUCGGUCCGUCAUUGCGCUGCCGAUUGUUCAGGGCGACCAACUGCUUGGGGUUAUACACUUGGAAGGCAAGCCGAAUUGGUUCACACAGCGAAACGUGGUGGUGUUGCAUUUGCUUUGCAACCAAAUUGGAAUUUCUCUAUCGAACGCUUUGCUUUUCCGUGAGAUUCGAAAGGUGAGCGCUAAAAAUUCGUCUAUGAUCGAAUCCCAGAAGCGUGCCCUCGCGCAAGCACGCGAAUCGGAGCAAAAAGCGAAGUUUGCGGAAGCUGAGGCCAAACACAAUGUGAAGCUAAAGGAAGAUGCUGCACGCGCCAAAUCCAUUUUCCUAGCAAAUAUCUCACACGAUCUGCGAACUCCGAUGAACGGUGUCAUUGGACUUUCAGAGCUGCUCAAGGGCACCAAGUUGGAUAAAGAGCAAGAUGAAUAUGUGGAAUCUAUCCGUGUCUGCGCUGACACCCUAUUGACCCUCAUUAAUGACAUCCUUGACUUCUCUAAGCUAGAAGCUGGCAAGAUGAAGAUCUCCACAGUGCCGCUCAACCUGAAGGAGACCAUCACGGAGGUCAUUCGUGCAUUGCGCUUUACUCACCGCGAGCGAGGUUUGGCAACGAUUGAGGAGCUGGAUCGUGUUCCUGCGGAGCUUGUCGUUCUUGGUGACCCUGUCCGCUUGCAUCAGAUCUUCAUGAACCUCCUUAGCAACAGCUACAAAUUCACACCCAAGGGCUCGAUCGUCGUCAAGGCAAAGACUGUCCGCGAGGGUAAGGGCCGCGUGCGCCUGGAAUGCUCCGUGUCCGACACUGGAAUUGGAAUCCCCGAAGAGCAGAAAGCACGCCUGUUUCGACCCUUCUCCCAGGCUGAUCCAUCAACAGAAAGAUCAUAUGGCGGCAGUGGUCUAGGCUUGAGUAUCUGCAAGGCAAUCAUUGAGGAUGUCCUUGGUGGUGCUAUUUGGCUUGAGUCCGAGUCUGGAGUUGGAACCACUGUGACGUUCCACUUGGUCUUUAACAAAGCCCCGAAGAAGACGGCGGUCAAGACCGCAUGGUCGCAGGACCUGAGCAAAGCAGAAAGCAAACAAGCUCCCCGACCCACCACUCGCGAUCUCACGCAAAUUCCACGCGAUCAGAUUCGCGUCUGCAUCGCUGAAGAUAAUCCCAUCAACCAGAAGAUCGCGGUCAAGUUUGUGACUGGUCUCGGGCUCCAGUGCGAAGCCUUUAGCGAUGGACGCCAAGCAGUGGAUGCUCUCCGUGCCAGAUCCAACGAAGGCAAUCCGUUCCAUAUUGUCCUAAUGGACGUCAUGAUGCCAACCUUGGACGGCUACAAUGCCACCCGCGAACUCCGUCGCGAUCCAGACCCCAACGUGAAUGAAGUUCUGGUGAUCGCCAUGACGGCUAGUGCCAUCGAGGGCGAUAGAGAGAAGUGUCUCGACGCCGGAAUGAACAACUACCUCCCCAAGCCGGUCAGAUCGCCGAUCCUGAGUGAGCUUCUUGACAAGUACCUCGCCCCGGUUCCAUCCCACCCACGUACUCGGCUGGUACUCCGAGAAAAAGGGUCCAGAUCAAGCAUGGGCCAUGAUUCCGGUACGCCAACCAGCAUUUCCUCAUCCGGGUCAGACGAAUUGGCCAAACUUCCACCAGCCCGGAGCUCUAAAGACAUGAUGACACACAACCCCAACCCAAAUCCUCAUUCAAAAUGA